CCCCUUUGUGCCCUUUUUAAUUGAGAAAUGAGCAAGAAAUGAGUUUGUGGUUGGAGUUAGGAGUGACUGACCUUACAGUAAAAAUUCCGAGUUAAAACUUUUAUGCAGCUCACAUGAUUUUAGAAACUGUCGCACCGUCAAGCAUAGUGUUAACUGAAAAAAUUUAGGAGGAAACUUAAACUGCUGUUAUUCAAAAUAAACUCUCAAAAUGGACUGGCUGCAGAUAGACACCGGUCCAUUUGACUUUGGCCAGCAUUGGCAGUGGAACUGGACGGAAGUGUGUGGUUCCGAAGGCUUUAAAAUUUGGGACGUCGAAUCAACGAACUUCGGCAACUGCUUUUCGAUUUUGUGCGUCCAAAUUCCUGUGUUAGUCAUUUUCUCCGCCGUGUCUGCAUAUUAUUGCGGAAAGCCAACGCACCGAGUUUUCAGGACGAAAGGACAGUUGUGGACCAUUUGGCUGCGUUGCGUCCUCGUCCUUCUGAUGGCGGUGUUGCCCAUCGUGGAAAUAUGUCUGCUCACAGCCGAGGCUGACAAAAUUAACGAGCCAGUCAAUUAUGUUGAGUAUUUGCAAGCUGGGGUGCAAGUUAUGACCUGGUUCGUUCACCUGGGCAUGUGUAUCACCCUCCGAAACAGACUGACCUUGAGCUCCAGAGGCCCCGCGCUGGCCAUUUUCCUCUGGAAUUUGACCUUCUUGUGUGACAUGCUGCUUUUCCGCUCCAGUCUCCUCCACGUUGACAAGACGAAACUGGCCUCGGACAUUGGGUUCACGUUUGCCGCAUCGACGGUGGCCGUCCAGGUCUUCUACCUGAGCACCCUGCUGUCCAGUUUGUGGGCCUCGGACGGCCUCACUGCCGAGCAGCACGCCAGCAUGCUGGACAGCACCAUCUCCGGACACUCGUACAGUCAGUUCCAAGAGGACCAGGACCCUUACUACCUGGGCGUGGCUGCCGACGGAGCCUCCUGUCUGUCCAGACUGUUCUUCCAAUGGGUGACGCCAUUGAUGAAGAAGGGAGUUGAUGCCAAGUUGACCGGCACAGACGAGCUGUUUGAUUUGCCUCAACAAGCGUCAACAAGAAUAGUCAGCAGAAGAUUCAACGACGCUCUGUCUGGACAGACCGGCCAAGACCGAAAACAGAGGACGCUGUUAAGUGCCUUGCACAAAAGCUUCGGCGUCCAGUUUUACAGCAUUGGUGUGCUGAAGCUGCUGACAGAUUUGGCUGGUUUUGCAAGUCCGAUGUUGCUGAAUGGGUUGGUCAACUUCAUCGAGGACAAAAGCAAGAGCGUCCGAACUGGACUAAUUUACGCUGCUGGUCUUUUCAUCGCCACAACCAUAGCGGCCUUCUGCAACGCUCACUUCAGCUACUUGGUGUCAGUCGUGGGGCUAAAAAUCAGAGCUUCUCUAAUUACCGUCGUUUACAACAAAAUUUUGAAACCAAGUCUUUCCAGUUUGUCAGAAUUGAACAUGGGUGCCAUCGUAAACUACAUGAGUACAGACACAGACCGCAUUGUGAACAGUUGUGCCAGUUUCCACGCAUUUUGGAGCAUUCCCUUUCAAAUUGCAGUAACUUUGUACUUGCUGUACUUGCAAGUCGGACUUGCAUUUCUCGCUGGACUGGCUUUCUCAAUAAUUUUGAUUCCCAUCAACAAGUGCAUCGCAUCCAAAAUUGGCCAACUGAGUGAAAAACUUAUGGAGUGCAAGGAUGACAGAGUGAAAUGCGUCAGCGAGGCUAUUUCUGGAAUUCGAGUGCUGAAAUAUCACGUUUGGGAAGAUCACUUUGCCAGCAAAAUCAAAAAAUUGCGUAACUCGGAACUGAAAUAUUUAAAAGGUCGUAAAUACUUGGACGCACUCUGCGUCUACUUCUGGGCGACGACACCAGUGCUGAUCUCGAUUUUGACUUUCACGACGUACACGCUGAUGGGGAAUAAGCUCACUGCUGCCAAAGUUUUCACAACCAUAGCAUUGCUGAACAUGCUAAUUGCGCCGCUGAACACAUUUCCUUGGGCUUUAAAUGGACUGACUGAAGCAUGGGUUUCUAUGAAACGAAUCCAAAGACUGUUGCUAGUGCCAGAUGUAGAUGUAGCAAACUACUAUGCAGCUUUCAAUGACUUUGAGUCGAGACGAACUGACGUUACCGUCAUUGGUGCCAGUUUUGAGUGGGGUCAUUCUGCUGCAGAUGAAAAUGCGCCUCUCAUUCAGUCAAAAUUUACGCUCCAUGAUAUAAAUAUUGAAGUUUUCCCAGGUCAACUGGUGGCUGUGAUUGGACCUGUGGGGAGUGGAAAAUCUUCAAUAUUGGCUGGACUUUUAGCUGAAAUGGACAAGAAAUGUGGUUCUGUUUUCAUGACUGAUCUCAAAGACGGAUUUGGAUAUGUGGCGCAGCAGCCGUGGCUUCAAAGAGGAACAAUUAGAGACAACAUUUUAUUUGGAAAGACUUACGAGCAUACCCGUUACAGUGAGGUCCUGGAGGCCUGCUGCCUGGAGAAUGACUUGCAGCAAUUGCAAAGAGGCGAUCUCACUGCUGUUGGUGAAAGCGGAUCAACCCUGAGUGGAGGGCAGAGGGCGAGAGUUGCCUUAGCCAGGGCUGUUUACCAAGACAAGCUUAUUUACUUGUUGGACGAUAUCCUUUCCGCAGUCGAUCUCGAAGUUGCCAGAAACAUAUUUUCCAAGUGUAUCAUGGGAUUGCUGAAGGACAAAACAAGACUGCUCUGCACACACAAUAGAAAUUUCUUGCAAAAUGCUGACUGGAUAGUUGUGGUUGAAAACGGCUGCAUAAAAGCUCAAGGCCACCCAGAGGAAAUAUUGGAAAAUUUUGGGCAAAUUAUAGAAGAACCAAAAAAAUUAGCUUCUAGCCUCGACACUUCUGCGAACAUUGAGGAAACUUCAAAGAAUGUAGAGCCGAGUGAAAACAUUCAAGAGCCAGAAGGUGACCAAAGAGAAGAGCAAGAGACUGGAAACAUAAGAUUUUCUGUGAUCACCGAUUACUGGUGCGCCUUGGGCCAUCUGACUGCUGUGACAAUUCUUCUUUCUUUAUUGCUCAUGCAAACCAGCAGGAAUUUGUCGGACUGGUGGCUUAGCUACUGGGUUACUCACAUUAGUCAUAACUCAACCUCAGUUAUAAUUUAUCAAGAAAGAAAUAGUUUUUUGGGUUGGGUUGAGCCAAAAGCAAUUGAAGUCGAAGAAGUUACUUUCUACUUGAUUGUCUACGGAAUGAUUGCUGGACUCAAUUCUAUAUUCACACUCGUAAGGGCAUUUUUGUUUGCCUUCGGAGGUAUCAAAGCUGCAGCAAGUCUUCACACCAAACUUCUUAAAUCGGUUUUGAGGGGGAAAGUUAAUUUCUUUGAUCUAACUCCAGCUGGGAGGAUAAUCAAUCGAUUUUCUUCCGACACAUACACAGUUGACGACUCGCUUCCGUUUAUUCUGAACAUCCUUCUUGCACAAUUCUUCGGAUUAAUCGGAUCUCUGGUUGUUACCACUUAUGGUUUGCCGUGGCUUUCUCUGGUGCUUGUUCCGCUCCUGCCGCUGUACCGCUGGCUGCAAUUUUACUAUCGUCACACAUCCCGUGAACUAAAACGGAUAGGAAGUGUUGCUCUGUCCCCUGUUUACAACCACUUCAAUGAGACACUGCUUGGCUUCACCACCAUCAAAGCGUUUCGAGCAUCAGAAAGGUUUUCUCAAACCAAUGAGCUGCAUCUUGAAAACAGCCAGAAAGCUCAAUUUUCCAGCAUGGCUGCCAGCCAGUGGCUGGGUCUGCGACUUCAAUUUUUCGGAGUCAUCAUUGUGGGCAGUGUGGGACUAAUUGCUGUGGUCCAGCACCAUUACGGCUAUGGUGUCAACCCCGGUUUGGUUGGCCUUGCAAUAACGUACGCACUAACGAUGACUAGUCUUCUGAAUGGGGUCAUCAAUGCCUUCACUGAGACGGAGAAAGAGAUGAUUGCCGUCGAAAGAACGCAACAGUACAUCAGACAAAUUGAACCAGAGCCCCAGGGAGAAACCAUGCCUCCUCUUUCUUAUCCCUGGCCGAGCCAAGGCGUCAUCUUUUUCAAUUCUGUUGCUUUCCAACACAGGAGUAACGUGCCAUUUAGUUUAAAAGGAGUGACAUUCCAGACGCACCCUGCAGAAAAGGUGGGAAUUGUUGGCCGAACAGGUGCAGGCAAGAGCAGCCUAUUUGCUGCCCUUUUCAGGAUGAAUGAAAUCGAGCAUGGACAGAUACUGAUCGAUGCUGUAAAUAUUUCAAACAUGGGGCUACGGACCUUGAGAUCUCGAUUGGAAAUCAUUCCUCAAGAGCCAUUCCUGUUUUCCGGCACUUUGAGAGAAAACAUCGAUCCACUGGGACAGUACAGCACGCCAGAAAUUUGGAGUGUGAUCCGCAAGUGCCAUUUGGAAGACGUUGCAUUUCGGCUUGGAAGUAUCGAUUUUACAAUUGGAGGCAACGGUCGAAUGCUCUCUGUAGGCCAAAAGCAGCUUGUUUGCCUUGCAAGAGCUGUUCUGCACAAUGCUAAGAUUUUGUGUAUUGAUGAGGCUACGGCUAAUGUGGACAACGAGACUGAUCAGCACAUACAGACAAUUAUUAGAGAAUCAUUUCUCCACAGCACUAUUCUUACAAUUGCCCAUAGAAUCAAAACUGUCCUAGACUGUGAUAGGGUAUUGGUGAUGGGAGAUGGAGUAGUUUUGGAAUUUGACACGCCAGACGCUCUUCUCCAGAAUCCGGACUCUCACCUUCAUCGACUGAUGCAUGAAAAAUUGUAAAGUAAUAAGGAACAAAAGUAUGUAUAAUUAUACCAAUAUUGAAAAAUAGAACAAUGAAUAUUAUUAUUUAUGUAUAGAAUUAUAUUUAAUAAACCCUUUUAAACAAUUUUGACAGCAUUACUGCUUGCUUUGUUGUGUACUAGAAGUUUAUGCUGCAUCUUUGUCUC